AUGACCGUGAAACUUGAUUCUGUUUCAAGAACUCAAACAAUGGCUUGCGGUUUGGCAUUGAAGCGCCCUCAUGAGUACGACAACUAUCUGCAAUUGGGCGGUGAUGCGACGGCGACUCCCGAGGUGAAGCGCUCGAGGACAUCGCCUCUCUCGUGUUCUCCGUUUCGGGCUCAAAUGGGCACCAUGGCCGCCUCGCUACCAUCAUCCAGUAGCAGCGUCCCACUCUCACUUGAGGAGAAUGGAAGUGUAUUCACGUCUGCAACAUCAGUGAUGAGCCGCGAAGGUGUCGAUGCUUUCUUGAAGGCCGAGAUGCGCUCACUUCGCAGACGCAAGCUCAUUCCAAAGCGCUGUCUCAUUGACAACAAUUCUGAGUUUGGCACAAAGGGUGAUGUCCUCGAGUCGGAUGCCAAGCCCACGACUCAUCCUACAAGCAACUAUCGUGUUCCUGGAUCGCCUCAGUCUUCAUCCGAUUCUGAGGGUGAACUCUCUGGUUCUACUCCUGCUCGGCGUCGUGUUUUGGCCACUCUUCCUUCCGAAGUUGCCACUCCAGUCACCGAUUUGUACAAAAAGCCAAUGUAUUCGCUUAAUCAGGUGGUGAUGAUGUGCGAGCGUCUUUUGAAGGAACAGGAAAUGCGAAUUCGCUUUGAAUAUCAACAAGUGCUCGAGAAGAAGCUUACAGAGCAACAAGAUCAACUCUCGCAACUCGCUGCCGAGGCUGGGAAACCCACUGAGGACUACUCGUGCUCUUACCUUUCC